AUGCCUGGGCCCGCUCGCAGCAAAAGUUUCUUUACUCCGUACUCCGCGCCCACCAAGAAGACAGUCAAGAGGACUCCCACGUUCAAUGCGCCCACAUCCAAUACGUCCACUACCGAUACUUCCGAUGCGCAAUCUCCGAACUACGAGGCAAUAAUGAUACCAGGAGAGGAGGAGGGCUCAAUAUCGACAUCGGAAGAGGAAGAGGACUCAAUAUCGACACCGGAAGAGCAGGUUGACUAUGAUUCAAUGACCAUAGAUGAACUGGAAAAGAUGGAACCAGUCAAGGAAGAGUUACUCAAGUCGAAACCAUUUGAUACCGGGAAUCACAAACGAACAAUGGAUCGACACCGUAAGCGCAUGGAAAAGAAACUCCACUCGGAGGAAGAGAAGCGACGGAUGGAAGCACUGAUCCAUGAUACCAAAUUCAAGUCGUCCAACUUCCGAGAUGUCAUUCCAGACCAUGAGCCUUUAUACGCCUACGCACAACGAGUGGGACAUCACAAAUGGGCGAUCGCUGCACGUAUCGAAUACGUGAGACAGGGUUUCGUGUUAUUCAUGAACACAGCGCAAAUCCUCAACUAUCAGAAGGAAGGAGGAACGUCAUCGGAAACAGGCGGAAUGGAGGAUGAUAGAGAUGGAGAAGGGGCAGCCACCGAAUCUACGUCCAACGAGAUUCCACCGACACGAAAAUUCCCCCCUGCAGCAUUCAUGAAAAGGAGGGCUUCAAUGAUCGAGGAGGUUCGUUCCUCAGCUMCMCCAUCCAMUCCUCCAGUCCUAUCGUCAGAGCCAGCAACAUCCAGCCCUCCGGUUCUGUCAACAGCCAGUGCUCUAGCCUUGGCAGCGGCCAAGCCUCCCCCCCAAGUUCUGCCUCCACAGCCAUCCAAUCCUCCAGCUUCCGAUCCAGGAGUAUCACCAGCUUCUACAGCCCCGCCAGAACCACUGACAGUGCGACAGAAGCUGCCGGAUCGUCCAUCAGUGCUGACUCGCCUAUUGGCAACCUUCAACCGCCUAUUGGGCCGGACGGAACACAUGACACCACCUCCGUUACAUACUCUAGAGCAUACCUACUCAUUCAGCAAUGGACACAUACCUCUAGAUCCGGAGGAAGGUCUGAUACCUAUAGCGAUAGACUGUUUUGCGACAGGACUUGUAAUCAAGCACUGCGCAGAGGGAACCAGACGGAAUAUGAAGAUUUACACCGCUACGACAGCUAAUCAUAGCUUGGGUCGUUACAGAGCAGAGAAUAACAGGUUGAUCCCUCAAAAGGAACUAAAAACCAUACCAGGAGCAUUGACAAACGUCCUAUGGGGGAUCAUACCCCGUACUUCCAUGGUCUGUGCGUCCGGGCUCGGAAUUCUGGUCAUAUACGGAAGCCGCUCGAAACCAUUGAUAGAGAUGUACGCCAAUGACGGAACUAUACAGGGAUACUUCAGGGUAGCAGACGGUUAUCCGGAAGUGGUCUCGUGGAGAGACUUUUACAGCCUGAACUGGUAUUAUGAGAUGGACGAGGCCCCUCCGAAGAAGAUCCGAAAGUUGAAUUAA